GCUCUUCCCCUUCACCUUCCAUUGCUUUUUCUCGAUCAAGAUCUUCGUUUUCUUCUUCGAAUCAUUAGCUGUUCUGGUAUUUUUCUUCUUGUUUUUUCGUAUAUAUGCAUUUACAUUUUCAACGGUCUGAUUAGGUGUUGUGUGAUGGUAGAACAUGAACAAAAUCUCAAUUGCAUGUUGAUCUUUUGGUAUGGAGUUUGAUUUUAAAGUGAAAUUGAUCAGAUGGGUGUUGCUAAAUUUUCGAUUUUAGUAGAACCCAUGUCUCGAAACUGAUAAAUUCAUGCGGAAAUGCAGUGAUUUGGAUAAUGGUAAUUUUCUUUGAUGCAUAUUUGUCUUUAAGUUUGAAUUAGGAAGUGGUAUCUAAACGUGUGAAAGCAAGUUAUUUGAUCAUUGAUUAGCCUUUAAACUGCUUUUGGUGUGAAAAAGGAAUGCAGCGUUUGGUAUUUGGAAGCUAAGCUGGCGUUUUUGUGAGACUUGAGUUUGGGUCUUCUUUAAAGUUUAAAGGAAACUUGGAAUGCAUUUUUAGGUCAUAAUACUGAACUUGAGUCUUUCCCGCCAAGAAAGAACAAGAAAGAUAAAACGUUCGGUAUACUACAUUUAAUGUUUUUGCUGAUUUGGAUAAGGGUAAUUUCUUUGAUGCUAUUUAUCUCAAAGUUUAUAGAGCUAAAUAGAGGAAUCGAAAUGUAUCCAUAGAGCAAGUUAUUUUGAUCAUUCAUUAGCCUUUAAGCUGCUUUUGGUGUAAUAAAAAUGUGCUUUGUUAGGUAUUUGGAAGCAAAAUUGGUGUUUUUAUGAGGCUUGAGUUUGGCUCUUCUAAGUAAGUUUAAAGGAAACUUGCAAUGCAAUUUAGGUCAUAAUACCGAACUUGAGUUUUUCCCGCCAAGAAAGAACAAGAGAGAAUGUUGAGCAUACAACAUUUAAUUGUUUGCCGAUUUCACUUAUUUCUUUAUUUAAUGCAGUAAUGCACUUAUUAGCACCUUCUUGUAUUAGAUAUGGUAGUUUUCUACUUGUGUAGAUAAUUACAGAGGAUGAAUACUUGGUCAAACUACUUCUUGUAAGAUAUUACUUUGAUAUUGUGUUAGAUGAACUCUUCCAACGGUUUUAACUAUGUGUAAUACUUUGAAACCUAUAUCAAGAACGAUGUAUUCUCUUGUGCGCACCAUUGGGGUCUGUAGGAGAGAAUUUCUGAUCAAGAACAUGCUUGGUUUGUCGUGCUCUGGAGAUCUUAUGUAAAAUAAGCUUGUCUGCUUUAGUUUACCAUUGUCUCUUACUUUAGAUGGUUCAGCAAACCAUAGGUUGUAUAGUCAGUAAUAUGGGAUGGGAACUACUGAAUCUGAGUCGCCUAUUCAUGAUAAACAACUGCCAGUUCCUGUAAAGAAGACAGUGUUAAGAGAUCUGCAAAAUGUGCCCAAGGAUAUAGGACGCACUAGUAAUGUCCCUAGAGUUUCGAGCACCAAGAGACCUUUACCUGAGCGGCAGAUGAGCCCUCCUCAACACCAAUCCCACGGUAGCAGUGCUGCAAAUGCACAGCUUGUCUAUGUUCGUAGAAAAUCAGAAGCAGACGCAGUCAGAAAUAACGCAUGUGAUAAAGCAACCAUUAAUGCCGAGUGUCAGGUGUCAAGGAAACUUAGUCACCACGACGCAAGCACCCGACCCAUAUCCCAAGCAAAGGAAACAAAAGUUUUUUGUGUACCGGCUUUUGCACCUUUUCCAGUGGCAGCUUCAACCAUUCUGCCUGGGAAACCUUCAGUUCUGGUCCCGCUUUGUAAGUCUGGUACUGGACUACAACCAGCAGGAGCCAAUUGCCAUCCCCAUACUUCUGCGACAUUGCCAAAGGGUCUAAAAAAUCUGCACUGGGAAGGGCGAUUCCAUCAAUUGCAGUUGCUGUUGAGGAAAUUGGACCAAUCAGAGCAUGAGGAUUAUAUCCAGAUGCUACGGUCGCUGUCCUCUGUUGAACUGAGCAGACUUGCAGUUGAGUUGGAAAAGAGAUCAAUUCAACUUUCACUGGAGGAAGCAAAAGAGUUGCAACGUGUUGGGUGUUUCAAUGUUCUUGGGAAAUCUGUGAAGCACUUUAAUGUGCCCUCAACUCAGGAAGACCGAUCCGAGAAGUGAAAUGACACCAAGAAGUAGUAAAUUGCAGCUGGAUAAAAGUGUGCAUACUAGUUUUUUUUCCACCGGUUCUUACCUUUUCUGCAGUUGGGUCUCCUGCUGGUAUUCACUGCAAGUUGUCUGUAAAAUUUGGGUUGCCAUAUCAAUAUGUGCAGUAUUUUUGCAUCAGCAGUAGCCAAAGCUGCUGAAAGUAUUGAAUUGAAACUGUUGAAAAAUAAAAUUAAAAGGUAAAUUUGUCAACUGCAUUCCUGA